CGCCCUCGUACAUCGACAUGCUCAAGGAAGCCAUCGUCGAGUGGACGGCGCAGCACUCGGGCAACGCCGGCGAGGCGCGCAAGGGCAUCUCGCUCCAGGCGAUCAAGUCGUACCUCGCGUCCAACUACAACAUUGACAUGAAGGCAAAGGGCCCCAUCAACCACCUCAAGGUCGCGACGGAGACGGCCAUCGAGAGCGGCCAGGUGGUGUACGCCGGCACGGGCCAUCUGCGCUACAAGCUUGGCGUCGCCGAGAAGAAGGCCAAGGCCGGCGCCAUUGCUGCAGCGCGCUCCUAAGACAACGAGGAGGACGAGUCGGAGGAGGAGUCGGAGGACGAGCCGUCGCCGCCGCCCAAGAAGAAGAAGGCGCCUGCCAAGAAGGCCUCGCCCGCCAAGAAGGCCAGCCCGAAGGCCUCGUCCAGCAAGGCACCGGCCAAGAAGGCCGCCGUAAAGAAGGCGCCAGCGAAGAAGCCCGCGGCGAAGAAGGCGUCGCCCAAGCCCAAGGCCGCCGUCAAGGCCAAGACCAAGGGCGCCGCGAAGAAGAAGGCCAAGUGAUCUGCUCUGCCGCCGUCUGCCUGUACUGUGCCCGCCGACCCACAUGCCAGCCACGUCGUCUUCAUCUGUAGCGCCUCGUCACCUGUAGCACCAUGCACCAAUGCAAGCGUC